GUUUCAAAUUUAUACCGCUUAGAAUAAUGAUUUGCAUUAUACUACACAAUUACUAUCAUAAUAGUGUGUUCGAGUGUAUAAUAUGUCCAUUCAAUUUAAAAUUCGGAAUUCUAUCAAUUUCUUCACGAUAAAUGUGGUAUUGCUUUUAGGUUUACUAUGACAGAAACCCUUUGGGCUCGGAAUCUUUAGUAGUCCUGCACACACAAUUGUUUUCAGACGCCAUAUUAUUAAUUUCGUGGAAGUGAAACUAUAAGUACAGUGUGUUUAUACCUAAAUUUUACCAAAACUAAAAGUGUGUCAAUAUUUUGAGAAGUUUACAAAAAUUCCAGAUCAAAUAUGAAGAUUAUCGUAUGGAUAAGGUUUACACAUAAAUAUGGAUGACGUAUUCAAAGUUCCACAACCUCCCGGACGCAAGCCCCGCUUGAUUAGACCAUUAACAGAGUCUAGUCAAAAUUUACCAAAACAUAAAACAGAGCCAGAACUACAGGCUCAGCCUUUUUCAAAAAUACCAAUACGAUCUGCAUACCAAAAGCCAAAACGACUCCACAGAUCUUACCAAUUAUCUGAAACGUCUCUGAUUCCAGAACCAGAUUCCAUAGAACCCGACCCUCCAUUUAUAAAAGCUGACUCGAAGAAUAUACAAGUGGAUCCUUCGACUAUAAAAGUAUUUCCAAGCGAUACAAAGUUGGAACCUACCACACAGACAGUAACAGAAGUAGCAAAACCUUCAGCAACCAAAGUAGUACCCCUUUUAGCUCUGAAACCUGGCACGUCUGUUUUGAUUUCUAAAUCAGGUCAAUCCACUCCACGUAUAAUAAGAGGAAUUCCUGCUUCAACCGUAAAAACUGCGGGGUCCUCCAGUUCAAUGUUGAACGCAAGACCAGGAACUCCCUCAUCUUCGACUUCGGAAUCUUCUACACAGCUGAAACCAGGAACUUCAUUAUUGAAAUCAAAACUCACGUGCACAUCAAAACUGACAAGAAUAUCUCCUACUUCGAUGCUGAAACCAAGAAUUGUACCAAUGAAACCUGAGACGACUCCCUCGAUCAGAACCCACUCUUCUUCAAUUGUGAAAACAGGAUCUUCGACUUCAUUUUCAAAUGCAAGUUCUUCAUCUCUGUCUAUGACGCCAGAAAAAAUUCAUAGUUUUUUAAAUAUGGAACCUUCUUCAACUGUGCAUACCCAACCUUCAACCGCCUAUAUGAAUCUUCCCUCUGUGAUUCCUCUGAAAUCAGUAUCUUCAAUAUUUUCUGAAAAUACUGAUCUAGAAGAUUCAACCUUAGCUAAAAAAGUAGCACCUUCCACUUUGACCGGGGAGGUAGCAUCUUCUAUAUCGGUUGAAAAUGUACAAAUUUCCACUUCUGCUGAGAAAGCAGAACCUUCUCAAGUUCUGAAAGAAGGUUUUGCAUCUCUUCCCCCUUCUUCAGGACUUGUUAUUCUAGCCAAUCAGGCAGCAGCUGUAGCUCAAGCAGAAGAAGAAGCUAGGAAAGUUUCUAUUGUAACUUCAGUCAAAAGGAAAAGAUCGGGAAAACCACUUGAUUUAGCGAUGAUGGGAAAAGGAAAAGGAAACUUGAGGCCUUCGAGUAUAAAAAGAGGGUAUGUAAAAUCCGGACCACCACCUUCAGCAGGAAGAGUUCCACCAAUUCUGAGAGUAUUUCCUUCAGCGGAAAAAUCAAAACCGUCAAUAUCUACUGAUACUGUGCUACCUGGAUCCACAAUUAGAAAAACAGAAAAAAAUGCUGAAAUCUUAACCAUAGCUACGUUCAUACAUAAGGUCAAGAAUGGUGAAGGAACUCCUGAAGUUCUUAAUCCCGACUUGGACGAAGUUCGUGAGACUACUCUAGACAUUUUCAAUGAGCUCAUAGAGAAAACAUUCGAAUUGGAGGAACUGAAAGAACAACACGAAGAGUUGAAAAACAAAUACAAACGUCUCGAAUGGGACUAUUACAAAUUGACCGGUACAAACAUUGAUCUUUCAACUUACAAUACUAAUUUAAAUCAGGUGAAUACACGGCUGACUGAACAACUGGAGAGCCUAGCGAGCGAACUUCGAACCUACGAGAUUAAAUGCAAAAAGUUUGAAAUGAAAGAUAAAGAAAACAAUAAGAAAUUAAAGAGACUCCAACGCAUCGAGAAAGAAUACUCUGACUUGAAAGUGCGUUACGAUUUACUUAGCUGCAAUUGUAACGAGAUGAUUAAAGAGAUUCAACAUUGGAAGUCUGAACUCAAAGAAUUACAGGAUGAAAAAAGUUUUCUGCAACAAGAAGUUAUCGGAGGCCAAUUAUUACGGCGCACAUUGCACAACACCGUUCAGGAGUUGAAAGGAAACAUUCAAGUUUACUGCAGAAUACGAGCACCAAGCAACGGAGAACACGAUAGACCCAGGUUCGGUAUUGGAUUCCCGAAUCAGAACAGCUUGGAAAUGCAAAAAACGAAAGCUGGAAAACCAACUGAUCCCGUUAAAGUGAUGUUUACUUUUGACAAGGUUCUCCGUCCCGUGGCCAAUCAGGCAGAAUGCUUUCAAGAACUCGUGCAGUUUGUACAGUCGGCAUUGGAUGGUUUUGAUGUCUGUAUUUUAGCAUACGGACAAACUGGAUCAGGAAAAACUUACACUUUGCAGGGCCGUGAUGAGUUAGAACACACUGGUUUUAUGUUCAGGGCCGUGACCUUUAUGUUCAAAACGAUCGAAUACUUGCGUACAUUCGAAUGGUCAUAUGAAGUAAAAGCCAGUUUCAUAGAAAUUUUUGGUGAAAGGAUUAGAGAUUUACUAGAUCCCAAUAUGAAUGAAAAUCCUCCUCUCGAAAUUCAAGUUGAUGAAGGAACAGGUCUAUCAAUCGAAAACUUGAAAAUUCUACCAGUCGAGUCUUUCGACGCCUUCGCGGAACUGAUGAAUGAAGCAGAAAGAAAUCGUGUUGCCAGUGCGGCCAACUUCAGUGAACGUUGUGCCAAAUCGCAUGCAAUAUACAAAGUUUCUUUAACUGGUACCAAUAAGGAGUGUAACGGCUCUUACGUAGGUUCUUUGACGUUAGUUGACUUGGCUGGUUCUGAAUUGUCCAAAACUGGAUCUAACGAAUGGUUGGAGGACAGUGCCGCCAGUCUUCCCGUGUUGGGAAACGUGCUGGUCAGCAUAUACAAUAAGGACAAACUCAUUCCAUUUAAAAGUUCAAAACUGACUUGUUUGCUCCAAUUCACUUUGGGGGGCAGUUCUAAAACUUUGUUGAUGGUGCAUGUAUCACCCUUUGAAGAAAAUUAUCAAGAGAGUUUGAAAACUUUACGCUUCGCUUCGAAAAUCAAGGAGGACAACUGCAAUUCAUUCGCUAGACUGAUCCCUAUGUUGAAUAAAAAUGUCGGUUUCCUGGCAAUUGAUCUACCUGGCCAUGGAUUGUCCUCGCGUCUGCCGAAGGGGAUGAAGUACCAUUUUACAAAUUAUUUAAUCGCAAUUCGAAGUUUAGUAAAAUAUUUCGACUGGCCCAAGACCUCCUUGAUGGGACACUCUUUGGGAGGUUUGAUAUGCUACUCGUAUUCCAUGCUUUAUCCUGAAAGCAUCGACAUGUUAUUAUGCCUAGAGGGAACCAAACCCAUAAUUAGGGACAAUCCUAUCGAGUAUAGGGCGAAGAACAUUGAUGCGUUUUUGAAGAAUAACUCGUACGUCGAUUCUACGGAAGAACCACCAAGUUAUGAUUUUGAAGAUAUGGAGAAAAUGCUGGCCGCGCAGAAUAACAAGUCUGUAUCAUUGGAUUACGCUUCGAUUUUGUUGGAAAGAAAUUUUGCUCCGUCAAAAAUACAUCCAGGAAAAUACUAUUUCACUAGAGAUCCGAGACUGAGGACGAAUGCUUCGAUGCCUUUCUCCCAGGACGAAUUGAUAAAAUCCGCACACCAUAUGACAAUGCCAUUAUUCAUUAUCAAAGCUGAAGCUUCUCCCUAUUGGGAGAGAAAAGAAUAUUUUUUUGAAGUGUUAGACAUCCUUAAAAAAACGAGUGUGGACUGCGACUUUCACUUCGUACCAGGUACCCAUCACCUUCACUUGAAUCAACCUGAAAAUAUAGCGGAUUUGAUGGUAAACUUCAUUCGUCGCCAUAAUGUCGAAGAUAGAAGCAAAGGAGGGAUUACUGAUGCCAUUUUUAACCUGGAUAAUGUUCAAAAAUGAUGACAGUACGGCCAGGCAUCAUCAAUGUGAGCAAAUAAAAUAAAGAAAACAAACCGACGUGACUGUUGCUUCGAAAAUCCUAUCCUUUUUAAUGGGGGACUACUUCUAUUUAUGAAAUUCGACAAGAAGUAGCCUUAUAAGAUAUAAAUGACGACAUAAAAUUUCCUUACUAGGAAAUGUAAAAUACUCGCAGUUUGUUAGUUGUGAUAUCAUCCAUACAAGAGCUGAUUUUAUCAACAAGGAAGGUUAUUAUUACUAUUAUAUUAGUAUUUCCAAUGAUAUUGAAGAAGUCGAUGACAUCUCAGAUUUCGAUAUCAACAAUAGUUAGGUAUGUGGAAUACUAAUAUUUUGACAUGAAUCAUUUCAAUCUGUUAUUUUGAUAUAUUUGAAUGAAGGGGCUUACUUUUUGAGU